CGGUGCCGGCUGCGGGCCCGCCCGCUCCCGCUCCCCUCUCGCUCCGAGGCUGGGCCCGGCGCCGCUCGGCUUCCUCAGGGCCGGGGCCAUGACCCAGGCGGAGAAGGGCGAGGCGGAGAACGGCAAGGACAAGGAGCGCGACCGCGAGCGCGAGCAGCGCGGCGCCAAGCGGCCCAUCGUCCCCGCCGCCGUGCCCGAGUCCCUGCAGGAGCAGAUACAGAGCAACUUCAUCGUGGUCAUCCACCCCGGCUCCGCGACACUGCGCCUCGGCCGGGCCACGGACACGCUGCCCGUGGGCAUCCCGCACGUCAUAGCGCGGCGGCAGCGGCAGCCCGGGCAGGCGGCCUGCAGGGACAGCUGGCUCCUCAGGGACGGCCUCAAUAAACCUGAAAGCACUGAGCAGAGACAAAAUGGCCUUAAAAUGGUGGACCAAGCAAUAUGGUCCAAAAAGAUGUCAAAUGGUGCGAGGCGUAUACCAGUGUCACCCGACCAGGCCAGGUCAUACAACAGACAGAUGCGGCCAGCUAUUUUAGAUCACAGCUCUGGGGCAAAGUGGACAAACACAUCAAAUCAUCCUGAAUUUUUGGUAGGAGAAGAGGCACUAUAUGUUAAUCCACUGGAUUCUUAUAAUAUACAUUGGCCUAUUAGAAGAGGGCAGUUGAACCUCCACGCAGGGCCUGGUGGCUCCCUCACUGCAGUAUUAGCAGAUCUUGAAGUGAUAUGGUCCCAUGCGAUACAAAAAUAUCUGGAAAUACCACUGAAAGACCUAAAGUACUAUAGGUGCAUUUUACUAAUUCCAGACAUCUACAAUAAACAGCAUGUGAAAGAACUGGUGAAUAUGAUCCUAAUGAAGAUGGGCUUCUCAGGAAUUGUAGUACACCAGGAGUCUGUCUGUGCUACUUUUGGAAGUGGUUUAAGCAGUGCGUGUAUAGUAGAUGUGGGAGAUCAGAAGACGAGUGUUUGCUGUGUAGAAGAUGGUGUUUCCCAUCGCAACACCAGGCUGUGCCUUGCAUAUGGAGGAUCUGAUGUGUCAAGGUGUUUUUAUUGGCUUAUGCAACGAGCAGGGUUUCCAUACAGAGACUGUCAGUUAACUAAUAAGUUGGAUUGCCUUCUGCUUCAGCACCUAAAGGAGACAUUCUGUCAUCUAGACCAGGAUAUUUCUGGAUUGCAAGACCAUGAGUUCCAAAUUCGGCAUCCGGAUUCUCCAGCUCUAUUAUACCAGUUUCGAUUAGGGGAUGAAAAAUUACAGGCUCCAAUGGCUCUGUUUUAUCCAGCAACUUUUGGAAUUGUUGGACAAAAAAUGACAACUUUGCAACACAGGUCACAAGGUGACCCUGAAGAUCCUCAUGAUGAACAUUAUCUGCUAGCCACACAAAGUAAGCAGGAGCAGUCUGCAAAAGCUACAGCUGAUAGAAAGUCUAUGUCAAAGCCUGGUACGUAUGAGGGAGACUUGAGAGGCCAAGCCACAGACAUUUCAGAGAGGAUCUACCCCCAAGAAGUGGAACUGGGAUCUUCCCAAAGUGACUGUAUGAUAUCUGGAAAUGAUUCAGAGGAACCUUUAAGUGCACACAUGUCCAGGAAAACAGCGAUUUCUCAGUUUGAAGGCAAAGCCCUAGGCCUUGACAAAGCCAUCCUUCAUAGUAUUGACUGCUGUGCAUCCGAUGAUACAAAAAAGAAAAUGUACAGCUCCAUCUUAGUAGUGGGAGGAGGUCUUAUGUUUCAUAAAGCUCAAGAGUUUCUUCAACACCGAAUUCUCAACAAAAUGCCCCCUUCUUUCAGAAGAGUCGUUGAAAAUGUUGAAGUCAUCACAAGACCUAAGGAUAUGGAUCCCCGCUUAAUUGCAUGGAAAGGAGGUGCUGUUUUAGCCUGUCUUGACACAACUCAGGAGCUCUGGAUAUAUCAGCGAGAAUGGCAGCGUUUUGGUGUAAGAAUGUUACGAGAGCGAGCUGCGUUUGUCUGGUAACUGCAAAAAAUUUCACAACUUUACAUCAAUGAGUGCUGAUGACACCUGGACAACAAGUGAAAUGUAAAAUCUACUUCAUUCUUACAAUACCGUAUCAAAUAUACUGUAAAUGUGCACUGUAUCUCAACAAAGUUACAAUCACCAAAACAGCCUCUGAGCCAGACUGCACCACUUCACUGCAACUGAGGAGUCCACCAGUUAACUUCACAAACUCUGCGCAGGGGAGAGCAGUACUUCUAAAUUACUUAGUGAACUACAUUCCAUUAUUUUCACAACCGAUUACUUCUUACUGGUUAUUUUACUUAAGAACAAAUUUCUUCAUUUCAUUUCAUAUUGUGGAAGUCACUUCUACGUUUUUCACCAGUUAAAAUAGAAGUAUUUUAUUAGUGAUUUCUUUCAAGUAAGAAAGCUCAUAUUAAAUUUGUCCCUAUUGUACAGCUUUUGUAAGACUAGAGCUUAAUAUCCAGACAACUAUUAAUUCUCAAUUUCUUGCUAUGCACCUAGUUGUAUGAAGCAAAAAGGUCUCUAUAGAAAUUCUUCAUGUCCUUCAUAAGACAGUAUUUUGGACAGAUAUUCAGAGCACUUGGUAAAGUGUCUUGUGCAUUCGCCUCGUUGAAAGAAACAACCACAUAUUUUUGCACAGAGGACCGAUUUGUCAUGUCACUACAGAAGAGGUUAACUGCAAGAGAGAACAUGCUUUCUGUGUUACUGUAGUUUCUCACACUUUUACAGGCACUGUCACACGCAGCAGUGGUAGGGUUUGAACUAAGGAAAAUCACCCUAUCUGCUGCUGCUUUUUGAGCAGCAAGCCAUGCUACAGGACCUUUUUCAGCAAUUCUCCUUCUCUCCCACAAGUCUAGAAUGACAUCAGUCUGGCAGCCCUCAUGCAGAAAUUGAGCAAAAGAAAGGACAGUGUGAUAAAGACAAACAUCUGGAUAUAUAACCAAUACUUUAACACGUAGUUGUAGCCACACCUGAUGGAAGAAUUGCCUUCUAAAUGUAUCUGCUUAACAAAAAAGACACCAUAUGCUCUCUUAAAAUGUCAGUGUUUCUAGAAACAAUGAAAACAAAAUUUGAAUGGCAUUCUCAGUAUGAAGGGGUUGACUGCAGCCUUGCAUUAUAGACUGGUGUGAAGAAUAGAAUGUAGCAGAAGGAUGCUGUUAGUCCUUCUGCAAAACUAAUACUGUGAAUAAAGGUGCUAAGCAAAGAAAAACAGCAAAACUAUAGGAAACAUCAGCUGGGUUAUUGCAAAAGAAGAAGUGGCAAACCAAAAAUUGUCCACACUAUGUAAUUUACUGUUUCAUAAGUGUUUAAGAAAUUGAGUAUCUAUUCUCCAUUUAGGAAAGAAACAGUGGAAGGAAAAAGGGUAGUCUUACAUUAGUGAAAAGUGUGGUAGAAUAACAGAGACUACAGAGCAGAACAACUGGGCCAAGGACCAGACUGCACCAAGUCUUUCAGGGGUUUUACUGCAGCUUAUCCCUGGUAUGGUCCUGUGGCUUGCAUACCCACUAGUGGUUGCACUACAUUAGAUUCAUUAGAGCCUGUCUUCCAGUUCAAUUUCACGUGCGAGAAUCAAGGCCACACUCCUCAACUACGCAGCAAUAUGAACCAAACUGUAAUGAGUAUGGUGGGCGAUUCCCUUGAAAAGCACAAUAUUGAUUUAAAAUAAAGCAUUAAUGGAGACUUACCUGGAGUUUCUUAAACAACCUUGAGACUAUCUAUUACGAUACCACCUAAAAGGUGGUGACUUUUGUACGAUCUAUUUCACCUAAAAGGAUAGGGUUGCAAAAAUCACAAAAAUCAACAGGAAUUACAGAAAUACUGAACUUCAAAAAAAAAAAAAAGAGAACUCUUACCUUGCUUUGUAAGGAUACAAACUACCACAGCAAUAAUAGAUACAACUGCAAGUACAGCAGCAAGGAGAAGACAAAUCUUCCAACUGAAUUGAUUGUUAGGAUCUCUGGGGGAAAAAAAAAGAAAAACGGUUUCAAACAAGUCUUGCAUAGCUGAAACAAUCUGUCUCCAGUUAAUGAAUUACUGAAAUGAACAUUUCUAGUGUCCAUACUUGGAAGAAGAAUCGUGAUAAAAGGUAACGCAAAAGACCUAAUAAUCACACUGACAACAGCAUAGCUGUGUACUGAGUUACUUGAUUUCCUUCCCUGUUUUUAAACAAAAAAAACAGUCUGAAUCUAUUUCCUUAGACUUCCUUCCAUGCUUUUGGAAUGCACCUCCUCCUGCAACCUCUCAUUACUUGUUCUCUCUACCCUUUUGUUUAGAGUUUUGCCAUAAGCGAUAGUUACUAAGUAAUCUCUGAACUGCAGCAUUACUGACUGUAUUAAGUUUAAAACUUCAACUUUAAAGAGAGGGAAGAUGUAAGGCAAAGUUUACCAAGGCCAGUGUGUAUAAAAUUACCUUAGACUGAAGUCACCUGCUUUUUCAGAGGUUUUUGAUGCUGUUGUGGUUUAACCCAGCAGGCAACUAAACACCACACAGCUGUUUGCUCACUUCCCACAGUCGGACAGGAGGAGAGAAUUGAAAGAAUGGACAAAGUGCAAGAACUCGUGAGUUAAGAUAAGGACAGUUUAGUAAGAAAGGGAAAAGGGGAAGAAAAAAACCACAAUAUUUUAAAAAAGUGAUGCACAACACAAUUGCUUGCCACCCAACUGGCCAAUGCCCAGCCAGUCCCUGAACAAUGUCAGCCCCUUAGCCAAAUCCCCCCAGUUCCGUUGCUCAGCACAAUACCACGUGGUACGGAAUAGCCCUGUGGCCAGUCUGGGCCAGCUGUCCUGGUGCUCUCCCUUCUCAACUUCUUGUGCACCCCCUGCCCCCUUGCUAGCAGGAGGGAUGUAGCUGAGCACUGCCCAGCAAUAACUAAAACAUCCAUGUGUUACCAGCAUUACUUUCAUCUAAAAUCCAAAACAGCACCAUACAAGCUACUAGGAAGAAAAAUAACUAUCCUAGCCAAAACCAGGACAGACAUUCAAAUGUUUGUUUACCAAAACAUUUAUUUUCCCAGAUUUUGUCAAACAUACCAUGGAAAAUCUGCUGAAUAUACAUAAUACAACAGAAAACAUUGAACAGUUGCUGAUAAGUUUGUGACUUGGAAAUGAUAAACACUCAACUAACCAUUGUCUUUCAUCUGUACACAGUUUGAUAGGUUUUCUGUAGGCCUUGGGCAGUCAUAUCCACACUUACCAAAAUAAGGAAAUAUCUGGGGGAGGAAAAAAAGGAAAAAAGUAGAACAAUUCCAGUACACAAUUAAAUGGAAGUUCUGCACAGAUUAACACCUUUCAUAUAUUUUCUUUGGUGUUAGGGUUUAGUCUCCUUGGAAGAAUAGUGCUUCCUAAAACAAGAUUUUCUUGAAAGAUAUUUUCCUUACUAAUAUAUAAAUAACAAUAAAGAAGAGACAUUCAUGAGAUAAGUAAGAAUUUAAGAAGAUUCAGCGUGAAUAUAUUAGGUAUGUUUGCUUUAAGCUUUAUAGCACAGGAACACUACUGAACAAUACAGACUCCAAUUACCACCGUGAGAUGAGGCAUGAUGUCUAUCAAUCCAUAAUCAAAAAGCCAUUUUAAUAAGAAAAAAUUAUGUACAAUGCUAUAGUUGCAUCUUGUUUGAUAGCCAGAAUCGAUAUAACUCUUCACAUUAGCUAUACACAAGCAAAUAUUCUGUUCACAGAAAACAAAUCCAAAAUUUUACUUACCUCUACAGAAAUAUCAGUGCUCUCAUCACUCCCUAGUAUCCUCACAGAAAUUCUGCUUCAUUUAUCUAAUCAUAAAAUUCCAAAGAAGUGUCCAAGAGGGAGGAAAAAGUCAAAGACAUUUAUUACAAAAGGAGUCAUUAGUAAGUUAAAUUACAGGUAAUAGUUAACUGCGUUUCAAAUCACAUUUAAUAGGUGGUAUUAUAUAUGUUUUAAUGUCUCAAUAUCAUUAUUACAUGCGGUGUAUAUGUUUAUCUUUAAAUGCAGUUAAUAAAACAAAUAAUAUAGUGGAAAAUGCAGGCAAGGAUAAGUUUCAUAUUAGUUAAGCCUAAGUAACUAGUGACUAUAUAUCUUCUUAUAUUUUCAUAUAUUUUAUUAAGCUCACAAUGAAUGAAAUCAUUUUGUUUAAAAACAUCAUAAAAAAUAAAAAAGACCAUCUC